AUGGACCGUCUCCCGUCUGAUAGGGUGGCUGGAAGAAGCGGUUGCUCUCUAGCAUCAAGCCCUCCGUGCAAGACAAUACGCGGGAUGCGAGUGCACAGCAAAAGCGACCGUCUCAUACCCACCCACCUUGCCAGCCCUAUCUGUGAAACCCGCAGCAUCAGCGAAUUCGUUGCUACGUUCCAUUGAGUGUUGCUGCUGCUACUGCUGCUGCUGCUGUGCUCUUGCGAGGAGCUUACCAACGGCCUCGCGAUAAGGAACAGUUCGUCGACCCUUCGACAUACCCGACCACCUCCAUCCACCAUCGGCCGGCAUUGGUCGCUGUGUAAGCAGCUUGCAAGCCGAAACUCCAUGCGUCGCCGUCUGCAAGAAAUGCACGGUUCCCACCAAGGGCCCGCCUGCAGGGCUGCGGUCUUUAUUCUUUGCACCCUUUCCCCAUGCCUCCUCGCGCCCUGGCGAUUCCACGACGCCGCUGACAUGAGGAAGGGCAGGGACGGAAUUGCGGUGCACGUGAUUGUACUAUAUGCCUUCGG